AUGGGGAGAAGGAAUGAGUCCUCGACCACAGAUUUCAUUCUCCUGGGACUCUUCCCCGAGUACAAGCACCGGAAUCUCCUGAUCUACGUCGCUCUCCUGAUCUACCUCGCGGCCAUCGCUGGAAACGCGGUCCUGGUUCUCCUGAUCUGGGGGGACGUCCGGCUCCACACCCCCAUGUACUUCCUGCUCAGCCAGCUCUCCCUCAUGGACGUCAUCUUGACAUCCACCACCGUCCCCAAGAUGGCAGCCGACUUCUUCUCGGGGAGGAGAAGCAUCUCCUGUGUGGCCUGCGGAGCCCAGAUGUUCUUGUAUUUGUCUCUCGGGGGGGCCGAAUGCCUCCUCCUGACCCUCAUGUCCUACGACCGCUACGUGGCCGUCUGCCACCCGCUGCGUUACCCGGUCCUCGUGAGCCCCGUCUUCUGCCUGAAGAUGGUGGUUGUUUGCUGGUCCGGCUGUGUGCUCGGUUCCCUGGCCCACACUGCCUACACCAUGAACGUCCCCGUCUGUGGGGCCAGGGAGAUUCACCAGUACUUCUGCGAGCUCCUCAUCGUUCUGAAACUCGCCUGUCGGGACACCUCGACCUACAAUACGGUGGUGUUAGUGUCGGGCAUGACUUUGCUUCUCACCCCCUUCUCUCUCAUCGUGGUCUCUUACGCCCUCAUCUUCCUCUCCAUCCUGCGCAUGGACUCCCGGGAGGGGCGGAGGAAAGCCCUGGCCACCUGCUCCUCCCACCUCACCGUGGUCGCCCUCUACUUCGGGCCCGCCAUGUUAAUCUACAUGAGGCCGGACUCCGUCCGCAGCCCCGAGCAGAGCCAGGCCCUCUCCGUGAUCCCCAACAUCCUCACCCCCGCCCUGAACCCCCUCAUCUACAGCCUGAGGAACAAGGAAGUGUUGAGGUCGCUGACCAAAGUGUUGGGGAAGUGUUCUGUCUCGCAGUGCUAG